AUGGGGCGCAACAAGAAGAAGAAGCGAAAUGGCGACGAUCGGCGGCCCCGGCUUGUUCUCAGCUUUGACGAGGAUAAGAGGCGGGAAUACCUGACAGGCUUCCACAAGCGGAAGGUGGAGCGGAAGAAGGCGGCCAUCGAGGAGCUCAAGCAGCGGCUGAAGCAGGAGCAGAAAAAGCUCCGGGAAGAGCGCCACCAGGAGUACUUGAAGAUGCUGGCCGAGAGAGAGGAAGCUCUGGAGGAGGCCGAUGAGCUGGACCGGCUUGUAACAGCAAAGACAGAGUCGGUGCAGUAUGACCAUCCCAACCACACGGUUACCGUGACCACCAUCAGCGACCUGGACCUCUCGGGGGCCCGGCUGCUAGGGCUGCCUGCGCCAGAGGCCGGGGCUGAGGAGGUGUCGUCUGUGGAGAAGCCGGCCAGAGCCCUACCCCGGAAGUCCAAGGACCCCCUGCUGUCCCAGCGGAUCUCCACCCUCACAGCCACGCUGCACGCACACAGCCGCAAGAAGGUCAAGAGGAAACGCCCCCGAAGGGCCCAGGACUUGGCCAAGAAGCCGCCGAGUGCCACUCGCACCAGCAAGAGCCAGCGCCGCCGGCUGACGGGCAGGGCCCAGCACAGCGGGGAUUGA